AUGGCUAAACUUAGCCUGUUCGCGCUGGCCACUUGGGCUGGCCUCGCCGCAGCCAAGGACGUCUACCUGAACUGGAACCUCACUUGGGUUAAUGCCGCCCCGGAUGGGUUUGAACGCCCGGUCAUUGGUAUCAAUGGCCAAUGGCCCUGCCCACAGAUCGACGUGAACUUGGGCGACCAACUUAUCGUCGAUGUCUACAACGGUCUUGGAAACGAGUCCACGGCUAUCCACUGGCACGGCAUGCGCCAGCAUGGAAGUGGUGUUAUGGAUGGCGCUGUUGGAGUUACUCAGUGCGCCCUUGCCCCCGGCUCGCAGAUGCAAUAUCACUUCGACGUCAACCAAGCUGGAGCAUACUGGUAUCACUCACACAACAUGGGCCAGUUCCCCGAUGGAUUGCGAGGUGCUCUGAUCGUCCAUGAUCCUAACCCUCCUUUCCACUUUGAUGAAGAGUUGACACUCACCCUAAGCGACUGGUAUCACCAGCAGAUGCCAGGCCUGCUCGAUGCAGCCAGUGUGGCGCCCCAUGGCCACGAGCCGCUCCCUGACUCGUCGUUGAUCAACGACUCAUCCAACACCAAGAUCAAGGUUCUGCCCAACAAGACGUAUCUGGUCCACAUCAUCUGUCUCGGAAACUGGCCUGGCCACUUCUGGGUGAUCGAUGGUCACGAAAUGACUGUUGUAGCGGUUGACGGUGUCUAUACUGAACCUUACCCUGCGGGAGACAAGUUCUUGCGUGUUGCGACUGGCCAGCGUAUGAGUGUUUUAAUCCACACUAAGCCUGAUGCUAGCCAGAACUUCGCUAUCUGGGAUACUAUGGAUGUCAACAUGAUGUUUAUCUACGAAAAUCGCACCAUCCCGCAAAACUUCAACCCCAACGCCACGGCCUGGUUGGUGUACGACGAGGCCAAGCCCCUGCCCGCGCCUCCUGUCUUCCAUCACAUCGACCCCAACACUGACUUUGUGGAUGAUGUCCUUUUGGUACCAGCCGACCACGAGCCCUUGCUGCAGCCCGUAAACCGCCAGAUCAUUCUGAAUACCGGUGCCGGGCUUGUGGACGGUCUUCCACGUUUCACUGUCAACGGCAAGACCUAUAUCUCCCCCAAGGUGCCAUCUCUAUACACUGCCAACACAGUCGGACCCGAGUUCUCUUCCAACCCCGAAGUAUAUGGCCAAGUCAACCCCUUCGUGGUGAAGCACAACGAAAUCGUCGAGAUCGUCAUCAACAACCACCACAACAACCUGCACCCAUGGCACUUGCACGGCCACCACUUCCAGGUUCUGCAGCGCACCCCAGUUGACGGCGGCUUCUACAGGGGCCUGACAAGCAACGUCUCCACAACCCCAAUCAGACGCGACACCAUCAUGGUCCAGAACAACGGCCACACCGUGAUCCGCUUCCGCGCCGAUAACCCCGGUGUCUGGAUGCUCCACUGCCACGUGGAGUGGCACGUCGAGUCCGGUCUAAUGGCCACCAUCAUCGAGGCCCCCGAGACCUUCGCGCAGACCAUCCACCCUCCUCCGAAGAGCCACUACGACGCCUGCGCUGCCUACCCCCAACCCGUCAGCGGCAAUGCCGCUGGCAACGCCGGUCUCGACAUGACCGGUCUUGACACUAAGGUUAAGGCCGGCAGCCACGGCGCUCUGUACACCAACACGAAGGGUACCCAAUCCGCCGCUCCUGCGCAACCGUCUCAGAAGCCGUCCCAAGCACAGGUGUCAAAGCCCUCUUCCAAGCCAUCUGCGCCUAACGUCGACGCCUAUAACAUCAACGAUUACUGGCCAGUCCCUCACGUGGACGGGACGAGCUUCUUCGUCGAGAAUCCCGAUAAACCGCACAAUCACCACUUCGCCAUUCACGAGGAAGCGACCAAGGGCCCGCUGCCGGGCCAGAAUACACACAGUGGCUAUGUUAUUGAUGGACACCACAAGUACCCCAUUCAAGACUCUGGCCAUGAUGGUCUCUUCGGCGACUUGAACGAUUGGAAUUAA